AUGUCUCCUGACCCAAAGACAUUGCUAGGCCGCUACCGCCAGCUGGCCCCUUCAGCGUCAGUGCGAGUCUCGCCGCUGUGUUUAGGCACAAUGACAUUUGGAGGCACCCAUCCCGAGAAAUAUGGCGAGUGCAGUAAGGAGGAUGCUUUCGCAAUCCUCGAUUAUUUCUAUGAUAAUGGUGGCAACUUCCUCGACACUGCAAACGGCUAUCAGGAUGGACAGUCUGAGGUGUGGCUAGGUGAAUGGAUUGCCUCUCGUAAGAAUCGCGAUGAGCUUGUGCUAGCCACAAAGUACACCUCUGGGUACAAGCUUCAUUGCAAAGAUACCAUUCAGGCCAACUACGUCGGCACCGGUACCAAGUCAUUGGCUAUUUCCUUGGAGGAAUCUUUGCGCAAGCUUCAAACGACCUACAUUGAUCUGCUCUACGUACAUUGGUGGGAUUACACCACCUCAAUUCCCGAAUUGAUGCAGAGUCUCAACCAUCUCGUUGUGUCAGGCAAGGUUCUAUAUCUCGGCAUUUCCGACACUCCUGCUUGGAUCGUGGCCAAGGCGAACCAGUACGCCCGCGAGCAUGGACUGCGACAAUUCUCAGUCUACCAGGGCAUGUGGAAUGCCGCCAUCCGCGACUUUGAGCGAGACAUCAUCCCGAUGUGCCACGACGAUGGCAUGGGCCUGUGUCCGUAUGGAACAUUGGGCCAAGGAAACUUCCAAACGGCUGAAGGCUUCAAGCAACGAGAGAAGUCAAACCCUGGCCGCAACUUCAUCCCCACGUCUUCGCGUGACAAGCAGGUGUCUGCAGUCUUGGAAUCACUUGCUGCUCGGAGAGGCGCGACACUGUUCAACGUUGCGUUGGCGUAUAUCCGUCAAAAAGCGCCGUAUGUCUUUCCCAUUAUUGGUGGUCGCACCGUCGAGCAUCUCAAAGGCAAUAUUCCUGCCUUGGGACUGGAAUUGUCGGAUGAAGAAGUCGAGGAGAUUGAAUCCGCAUAUGAUUUCGACCAUGGUUUCCCUCAUACCUUUUUGAGUGGUACACUGUUCGACCAUUCCAAACCAAGAGGUGCAUAUGGCCCCGGGGAUGUGUGUUUGACAAAGCCAUGUGGUCCUUUUGAUUGGGUCGAGAACCCGAAGCCCAUCAGCAAACCAAGCCACUCCUAG